GCCCCUUCUUUUGCUCUCUAUUUGGUGCUCUCUGCUGACUCUCCUCAUUGCCUGCUGCUGCCAAUUCUCUCGCCUUGCUGGAGGGCAUUUAAGCAAGGUCUUCCUGGCACCACGGUGUUGAUUGGGUUAUCUAUUAUGUUAAGCAGCACGGGAGGGAGUAGUAAGAACAACAGUAGGAACAGAUGGCUUGCAAAGGGUUCUCAAAGAUAACUUAAUCGCCAGGGAGUUGGUCUUUAUUUGUUUAAACUGUAAAAGUUUUUAAAAACAUACACAGAGAGAGUAAAAGAAAUAAAAGCAGUUUAGAUUAAAAAACAACCAACUAUUAAUGCCGGGUGGAAGAAAGGAAGCUAAAGAAGAUGCUAGUUGAAUGUUGCCAGCGUUUUCCGACUGACUGGGAGAGGGUAAAGACAAACAAUGAGAACGUGUACCUUUAAGAGGAAAAAGAAAGCCGGAAGUAACUCAGAUGUGUAGCAAGAGGAGUCUCAAAGUUUAGUGGAUCAAUUGAGGGGAGCUUGGAGGGAGAUUAUAUUAUGGUCUUGUUGGGUCCUUGCAGCAGGACCAGGAAUAAGAGGAACCCAGCUGAAGAGCAAACGCAAACAUCACAGAAACAUCGUGCCUUUGCAACUGUGGGAUGAGUCUCCCUCGUUUUCCCCUCCAGAAGUAUAAUAUUACACUUGCCGCUGUCGGAGGGUUUUAUAAAGAGCUGGGAGCGACUAGCAGCACCAGCAGAGAGCCAGAGGAAGAGGGAAGGGAGCCUCCGGACAGCAGCGGAGUCCUAAAGGCGAUUGAUUGCAGCGCAGCCCAGAUCACGAUGAGGACGAUCCUGGUCCUUCUGGCCUCUUGGCUGGUUCUAGCACAAUCCACAGCUGUUGCUACCACAGCUGACGAAGGAGAGCGUCCACCUCCACCUUCGGAUGCCAUUUUGCAACAAGACAUCACUGAUCUGCAGCAGCGGGAAGUGGAAGCUCACGGCGAAGAGCCCUCUGAAGGUUUCGUUCUGCAGAGAGAGAUCACCGAUGACGUGGCCUCCUCGUUCCUAGUCCACGGGGAGCCCCAGGCGUCUUCCUGCACCCCGACGGGGAGAGGCUUUGGCCGCCGCUCCAAGCUGGACGAGUUCCCGCCCGGCCGCCCCACCGCCAGCAACCUCUGCAACAUCUGCUCCGAGGGGAGGAGCAAGGCCUCCUACGGAUCCUGGAACUUGCCCCUCACCGGCUUCAGCCACCUGCGCCGCCAGGGGGAGGCCCUCAACAACUUGGAGGCCGGGUUCAAGCAGUGCUGCCAGCUGCCCGAGAAGGAGAAGCUGAGCUGCUGCAUCAGUGUGUGGUCCGAUGUCCUGGAGCAGUUCUGCAACGCCGAGUUUUCGGUGAAGACCAGGCCUCAACCCUGCUGCAAGCUGGAGGGCGCGUCGCGGGAGGACUGCUUCGUCAGGGAGGCUCCGUCCCCGAAUUACAGUGCCGGUCAAGGCCCAGAAGAGGGCAAGGCCUUCCUUCCUGCGCCUCUGCUCAGCCCUCAGCAGCUUCCAGAAAUCUCCUUCCCUCCCGGUCAACCCACCAGGACCAACAUCAAGAACAUCUGCACUCUGCGCCGAUUCCGGCCCACCUAUCUCAGUGGCGUCCUCCCACGGUCGGGUAACACCUGGUUUGUGCGCCGAGCCCAGACCGUGAACCGUGUGGAGAAGGCCUUCAAGAAGUGUUGUCCGAAGCAAGACGUCAGCUGUGCCCGCCAAGGGUGGCAAAAAUCUCUGACUCAGUUCUGCAAGCAGGAGAGGAUGGUGAAAGACCGAGUCCACGCCUGUUGCCAGGGGGGCAAGGUGGACUAUGCCUGCUUUGCUUCCCAGGCCCCACACCCGGCCUACGACAAAGAGAUUCAGGUGGUCAGCCUGGCCCAGGCGACCCCACCCCUUCUGGAUCUGCUCUGCGGCCAGUUCAUGCUCCUCACUAAACAGAGGCAAAUUCCGGCUUUAGUCAAGAACAUCACAGAACCCUGCUGCAAGCUGCAAGGCGACGAGAGGACACAGUGCGCAGAGUCGGCGAGCUCCCAGUUCAUCACCACCCUCUGCAGCGCCCCAAAAGGCUCCUGGAAAGACCCCAAGAAAUGCUGUGCCCAGCCAGAAGGUGCGCCACGCCAGGAGUGCUUCAACCGGAACUACCUGGCUGACAUCUCGGUGGCCAGCGCCGCACGUUGACUCCACCCGACAAGAGCCGACGGCAUGCCUCUGAGCGGACUUUUGGCAAAGCACUAAAAUGCACUGCCCUCUCGACUGGUCCCCUCUUCCCUGGCUCCAGUUCCACCCUUGGGGAACGGGGUUCAUUGCUUCCCUGGCUUGUCCUCUAAAUGGUCCACCCUCUGAGGUUGCCUCCCACCCAAGUCAGGGGCAGCGGGGCACUUGAAGCCUUCUGCACGCACUGAAUGCACUGCCCACUCAAGGGGGCCCCUCCGAGCCCCGGCUUCGAUGCACUUUAUCACCUGGGCAAUUGCAACAGGCCAGUCUGGUAGUUUGUAAGUUCUCGAUCAUUCCUCCCGAGCUUCUUGUCCAACUUCGUCUUCCACCCCGGAUGCUAACCCACUGAAGGCCAUUGGCUGGGCAUUGGAGGGGAGAAAACAGCAUCCCUCUGACACUUCAGCCAGUUUGCAAAGUUGUUCCGUUGCAUCCGGAUUCAACGCUGCCAGAUCUUGCUGCGAUUUCUGUUCCCUGGUGUUCACUGUGCCCUGAAAAGGAGAGUCUGCGCUUGGCUCUGGGUUAUAUGUACAUUGUAGAGAUGCGCACGGACCAAUUUUUGCGAUUCAGUUCAAACUUGAAUCCGAUCAGAUUCGAUUCGAGGUGGAUAAGGUUAGAUUAGGAUUUGAAUUGAUUCGACCCACUGAUAGUGAUAGAGCUGAUAGUGCCAAAUUUAAUGAAGUAGAGACUUGGAGAAUUUGAGGGGCGGGGAUUUUCAGAAGAACAGGCCCUCAGGCCCAUUAGUGGCAGGAGAGUCCACAGGUCAGCAUUUCGCUCUGCCAAGCUGCAUUUCUGCAUCUUGUUCUGGCGAACUCCAUUGUGCUCACAGUGACAAUGUAUUUGUAUAUCCUGCUGUACGGCUCCCUGCCAGAAACAAAGGGCUCUUUGUAAUAAACUUCCUUGUGGAUGACCAA